AUGCCAACCGAAGUGUCUGGUAUGCGGACGAGCCCACCUAACCGGAACCGGGGACUGCCAGCGACGCCUCAAGGACACCAAGGAGCUCCGAGGCCGCCAACAACCGCAUCAGCAGCAGCAACAACGCCAAGGCCGGAGCCGCAGCCGCAGGUGCCGACCCAGAUGGCUGAGCUCGGAGGGCGAUCGAGCCAGCCGGAGCCGCUCGAGGAGCCGAGCCAGGAGCCAGUCGAGGAACCAGGCGAGAGAUCCAGCCAGGGACAGCUCCUUCCCACCACUGCAGCCUCCGCCAACGGGGGGGAGGCGGGGGGGGGGGGCAACAGCAACACAAGGGACAACAACAGAUUAAGAAGACCCAAGACAACGCUAAGGUGA